UGUGAUGUGAUUUAGAUUUGAUAUUGGAUGUUUUUGUUAACUUUUAAAUAUUAAGCUGGGUUAGAACUUUGGUAAUACUUCUUGAUGGAUAUAAAAAAGACCAGUAAAUAGGCCACGCAUCUCAAACCACAGUUUUCCUGUAUUUCUAUUUUUCUCACUUCUGAUGAUGGAGUUCAGAGACACAGACACUGUCAAAUCUAUUGCCUUGUCCUUUGUUUUUGCAGUGAUUGGAUUAUGUGUAUGGGUUUUUGUGGAUUGGGUAUGGUUGAAGCCAAAGAAGCUAGAGAAUUUGCUUCGAAAGGAAGGUUUCUCUGGCAACUCGUACAAGCUUCUUCAUGGAGACACGAAAGAGAUGUUCAUGGUGUCAAAAGAAGCAAAAACCAGACCCGUUGGCCCCGUCUCCCACGAUAUUGGGUGGCGAAUUCUUCCAUUCCACCAUCGUAUCAUCAGCAACUACGGUAAAAAUUCAUUCUUUUGGCUGGGUCCAACACCAAGCAUAAACAUCACAGACCCGAAAUUGAUAAGGGAAAUAAUGUUAAGGUAUGAAAUAUUUCAAAAACCCAACAGAAGCCCACUUAGCCGGUUGGUGUUCAAUGGGAUGGUGAUGUAUGAGGGUGAACAAUGGUUCAAAGUCAGAAAGAUAGCCAACCCAGCUUUCCAUCUAGACAAGUUGAAGGAUAUGCCACCUAAAAUGUAUUUGAGUUGCAAUGAGAUGAUAAGGAAAUGGCAAAACUCAAUCACCAAUAAAGAAUUCUGUGAGCUAGACGUAUGGUCUGACAUCAAGACCUUAACAGCAGAUGUGAUUUCUCGGACUGCAUUUGGUAGUAGUUUUGAAGACGGAAGAAAAAUAUUUACACUCAUGACCGAACAAAUGAGUCUUUUGAAUCAAAUUUUCUACUUCUUCCACAUCCCUGGAUGGAGGUUUUUGCCUACUCAAGCCAAUAGAAAAUUGAAAAGCAAUAAUAGAGAAAUUAUAGAAUUGAUAAAAGGCAUUAUAAAGAAAAGAGAGGAGGCACUGAAAGUUGGAGAAACAAGUUACGAUGAUCUGUUGGGUUUAUUAGUGGAAUCAAAUCAUAGAGAAAUUCAAGAGCAUGGGAACAAGGAAAGUGGAAUGAGUAUUGAAGAGGUGAUUGAGGAGUGCAAACUUUUUUAUCUUGCUGGACAAGAGACUACUGCAACUUUGAUUGGAUGGACAAUGGUUUUAUUGUGUAUGCAUCAAAAUUGGCAAGAUCGUGCUAGAGAAGAAGCUUUCCAAGUUUUUGGAAACAAAGAACCGCAAUUUGAGGAGUUAAACCGCUUGAAAGAAUUAAACAAAAUUCUCCAUGAGGCACUGAGGCUAUAUCCACCAGCAGCUUUGACUAACAGAGUAACUACGAAGGAGUUCAAAUUAGGAGGAGUCAAGAUACCAUCGGGAGUUUUAAUUUCAUUACCAAUAAUUCUAGUUCAUCAUGAUGAAGAAUAUUGGGGAGCUGAUGCAAAGGAGUUCAAUCCAGAUAGAUUUUCCAAGGGAGUUUCUAAGGCCUCAAAAAAUGAUCAAGUCUCAUUCUUCCCAUUUGGUUGGGGUCCUAGAAUAUGCAUUGGACAGAACUUUGCACUGCUUGAAGCAAAAUUAGCUUUAACGAUGAUUCUGCAAAAUUUCUCUUUUCAAUUUUCUCCAACUUAUGUUCAUGCCCCAGCUCGAGGUAUAACCAUACAACCACAACAUGGUGCUUACAUGGUUUUACGCAAGAUUUAGUAUUAUAUAAUAAAUGAGCAAUGUUAUCAUAUAAUAAUACAUUAUGUAUAUACUCAAAAGUAUGUAUGCAUAAUUUUAUUGAUAAUCCAUAACUUUGAUGUAAGUUGUUAUCUUUUUAUAAACUAGUUUAGUCACUUUGGACCUUAUAAAUAAGCAUAUAAUAAAUUAAGAAGUGAAAAAAAAAAAAUUGAAGGGGAUCUUGUGUUGGUAGUUUUCCUGCCAUACUUAUUGUGUACUUGUUUUGUGUAAAGUCUGUUUCCAUUGUGAAUAUAUAGUAACUGUUGGAUUGCUUUUGAUGAGUUUA